AUGGAAAUGGGACUCAUCCCAAUUGUUUGUAUUGCUCAAGAUUAUAUUCAAGGAAAACUAGUGGAUGAUUCACGAUUACGUAAAGCCAUACUUGAACUACCCGACAAUAAAACCGAACAUCUUCCAGGGUAUCUGCCUCUUGUACCAGGAAUGCCAGUUUUACUCACAGAAAACAUCGCUACCGAACUGGGACUCUCUAACGGUACGCGAGGCAUCUUUCGUCAACUUGUAUAUGAUGAACCAACAGAAGAUGAUCGAUACCACGAUCAGAAUUUUCCACCAAAUACCAAGUUUAUAAUGCAACCUAAGUACGCUUUAGUAGAAUUUCCUGGUUGCAAAAUUGAUGAAAAACUUGCUGAACUGUCUUCCAAAAUAGUCCCUAUAGCUAUUAGUGAGCAAACGUUUUUGUUCGACGCCAAAGAACUUCUUCCUGAAAAUGUAGCGAAAGCAGCCAAAAUAAACAAGAAAACAACAAAACUCACCGUCAAACGUAAAGCACUUCCGCUUAUACCUGCAUACAGCAUGACAACACAUAAAAGCCAAGGCCAAACGCUCGGUAAAAUUAUCGUCGAUCUGAUGAUGCCGCCUGGGCCAAUCGAGCUCGCAUCGGUUUAUGUUCCAUUAUCUCGUGUAAAGAGACUUGACGAUUUACUAAUCAUACGUUCAUUCGACUUUGCAACACUUCAAGUUAAACCAUCAACGGCCCAAAUAGAAGAACUUAAAAGAUUAGAUAAAGUCGCACAAAGUACUCGGAAACAUUUUCAAUUUAUUGUUUAA